GGAUAAUCCCCGGAAUCAGUCUCCACCGUCGAUCCCACGCUGACAAAACCCUCUCCGCUGUCCGAUCCAAUCAGCUGGACCAUUACGCACGACCGAAUCUGCAGAAAAAGCAGAUCCGCUGCAAAAGCCACUGUCAGUGGAAGCGAAGAAAGAAGAAAGAAGAAGAAGAAGAUGAUGAUGAAGAUGAAGAAGGAAUCUUCCCCUUCGACAAUGGCAAGAGAUCUCUUCCGGGCUUAACAACUUCUCGGCCCACCACCUUCAGAACCUUCCUGCCAUGGCCGAGGCCCAGAGAUCCACCGGCACCGUGAGGUGGUUCAGCGCCCAGAAGGGCUUCGGCUUCAUUUCGCCCGAAGACGGCGGCGAGGACCUCUUCGUCCACCAGACCUCAAUCCGCUCCGACGGGUUCCGCUCCCUCUACGAGGGCCAGUCCGUGUCCUUCAGCGUCGAGUAUGGCGAGGACCAGCGCACCAGGGCCGUGGACGUCACCGUCCUCGACCGAUCACGUGGCCGCGGAGGCGGCAGAGGAAGGGGCGGCCGGGGCGGCGGGCGCAGGGGGGGCGGAUUCGGGGGCGGUUACGGCGGCGGCGGAGGAGGCGGUGGUGGUUACGGCGGCGGUGGUGGUGACGGUUACGGUGGGGGAGGGGCGUGCUAUAACUGUGGAAGGAUGGGGCAUUUGGCGAGGGACUGUUACCAGGGGACUGGUGGUGUGCAUGGCGGAGGAGGCGGAGGCGGAGGCGGAGGCAGAGGGGGUGGUCGAAGGUUCGGAGGAUACGGUGGCGGUGGCAGGGGAUGUUUCAAUUGCGGGGAAGAAGGGCACAUAGCGCGGGAGUGCCCUAACCAGUAGAACUGAGUUUGCGGGUGUGAAGUUAUCAUGAGGUGCUCUCUCCAUUCCUACUUCAUUUGUGUAUCCAGCCAAUCGAGUUCGGGUGAUCAGCUCUCCAGUUGGUGGACAGAUGGUGAAGUCGUAAUGCGGAUAACAUCGAACGACAACCAUCAGUUACCCGUUCGCUUGCGUUCAUUUAUUUGUCUAUGUGGUGCUAUUGUUUAUGAUGGUUUGGUUCCAUUUUUGGUGCUUGGAGAAUUUUUUUUUUUUUUUCUUUUGGGUGGUUGAUGAAGUCCUCUUUAUUCGACCCGAUCGAUUUCGGUGAGGGUGACAAUCCUGAAAACACAGUCUUCUGUUAUAACUAAUUGAUGUUUCUCCUUACCAAGUUUGUUUCUCUUUUGUAUCUAUGUUACGUGUGAAGUGAAAGAAGCCAAUGAAACGCGUUUACUUAUAGAA